AUGGCAACCCCGUAUACAUCUGACUCGAGCGCAAGUAUCACAGGCGAUGUUUCAAGCGGCAAAAGCUCGGUGUUCGAAGUGCCGAUGCCAGUCUCAAUGCCGUCUACAUCCAGAGAGGGUGAUAAUGACGAGAUAAUCGUAGAUGUGGUUCACAAUCGUCCAGAUACAGUAGUGGAGGCCGUAACAAGCAUGGCAGAGUUAUAUGACGGGUAA